GCAAUACUGCUGUCAGCCGCGGACGAGAGCGCUGAGAGAGACGGCUGGAAGUAGUUGAAGGAGGAGGAGACCGGGUGCCUAUUACCGCUCAUUGAUUUCAGGAGUUUUCUGUCGUCAUUGACGUGUGGCUGAUUUGGAAACGCGUUGAGGCUUAUAUUUUUUAAUUUACUUGAGCACCAUUUUUUAGAAAUUCGUGUGAAAGGAGAACAAAUACCAGCACUUCUCCAAAGACAAAAAUAUUUUAGUUUGACACCGGGGAAAGGGGAAAAUUCAAUCCAACGACCAAAGAUACCAUUGCAUAAUUGCAGACUUGAUUCCAAAGACAUGAAUUCCGUCCCUCAAUGACCGGACGCUGAGCGAUCACCCACAACACCACAUCUCAGAUUUAUAGUUCUCGUGGAGUACUUCUGGUUUUUUUUUUUUUCGUUUGACUCCAUAAAUAUGUUUUUUAGUUUUUGCACUUUGGUGACAUUUGUGUUGGGACUGACCCGGUGUCAGGGCUCCUACGUGCCCUGCGAACCGUGCGACCAGAAAGCGCUCUCCAUGUGCCCACCGGUGCCCGUCGGUUGUCAGCUGGUGAAGGAGCCGGGUUGCGGCUGCUGCUUGACCUGUGCGCUGUCCGAGGGUCAGCCGUGCGGGGUCUAUACUGGCCCGUGCAGUCAAGGGCUCCGUUGCUUGCCGCGGAGCGGCGAGGAAAAGCCUCUUCACGCACUCCUCCAUGGCAAAGGCGUGUGCAUGAACGAGAAAGUAUACAAACCGCUUCAUCCUGCAAAGGAGCGGGAGUCUCAGGAAGAAGCCCGUGUUACCGAGGUAACAGAGACGCUGCUUCCGCAAGCCAAAGUGCCACUGUUUCCACGGGACCACAUCAACAGCAAGAAGGCCGUGGCCAUGCGCAAGGACCGCAAGAGGCAGCAGGCCAAAUUGCGCACCGUGAUCUAUGUAGACCACCCACCGCUCGCCUUAGACAAACACCAACCAGAAUUUGGCCCUUGCAGGAGAAAGCUAGACGGCAUCAUUCAGCGGAUGAAGGACACGUCCAGAGUCAUGGCGCUCUCUCUCUAUCUGCCCAACUGUGACAAGAGGGGCUUCUUCAAACGCAAGCAGUGUAAGCCAUCCCGUGGCCGCAAACGGGGCAUCUGUUGGUGUGUGGACAAGUACGGCGUGCAGAUGCCAGGGACGGACUACAGCGGAGGGGACAUUCAGUGCCGAGACCUGGAGAGCAGCAGCAGCAACAACAACGAGUGAGGCAGUUUUGGGGGUGACUUCCUGUCACAUGACCCCCAAGAUGGCAACACAACCACCAAUCAUGGCUCAUCAUUAACAUGCAGAAGCCUUUUUUAAGAAUAUUAGACCGACUGGCCAGAAUUUGAUUGUCUGCUUAGAGUUUCUUUUUUUUUGUGUGUUCAGUCCUGAGAAUAUAUUAACACACAGUAAUUUUGCUGUGUUUUGAACAUGCCUAUUCCAAUGGUGAGACAUAUUUAAGGCCACCUAAAUCAUGUCCACCACCAGCCACACUGAAUAUUGGUGCCAGAAGUGAGCAGAAUUGUUUUAUUGGCCUGAUUUUGAGUGACGUUUAUGUAUGUCUUUGUCUAAGCACUUAAACAUGACUUUUUCCAGGUUCAUUUCCUCCUACAUUGUAUCAGAUUUGUUUAAAUGUUCAGUUCAAGUACCCAUUAAAUAGUGAAUCUCCAUCAGAUCUCUAACAGAAAAAAGCUUCUGGCAACCAAUUGCCUUUCACAAGAAAAGGUUUAGUCAGUUGACUAGCCUUUGUAAGCUAGCUUUUGUAAAAUGCUACAGCUUCAGCUUUAAAAACGUACUGUUUUGUAUUUGAUGUUAUUGACUAUGGAAGCUACAGUAUAUCAGACCACUAUCUUUGGAGUAUCAGCUCUUGAGUACUGCCAGACACUUUGGGAAAUAGUUCUCUUUUCUCUUCCCAUUUGAUUUCUUCCUGGUUGAACUAUAGACUCUUUGCUUGAUCAUUUGUAGCGUAAACUUCUUAGGGCUCUUAAUUCAACGAAUACUGGUGCUUUCAAAAAUCACAAUAUGAUCCUGAACCUGUAAGCUUUGACUUGUGCAAAUACAGACAAAAACCCCUCUCCCCUUCCACCCUAUGUUGAACUGAAGAGGGCCUAUCAUUUGAAUACAAGCUGGCUGGCUUUUACCCACA